AUGGCAUUUAAUGUUGAAACUAAUUUUGGACAAGGAAAGGUAUUCGGCAGAAAGUUGCACAAUUUCCCAAUUUUUAGAUAUAAAAAAGGAGCCAAUGUUAUUUUCUGUGUAGCUAUUGGCCCAACUCAAGUUCCACAAUUACCAUGGAAGUUAAUUUUCAAUGAAAAAGAGAGACCAUUAUUGAGCAAUGAAAAAUUUGGAAUUUAUGGUGGAAAGUUUGUCCCUGAGACAUUAAUAUCUUCUUUAACAAAGCUUGAUUAUGAAUUCUACUCUGCUUUGCAUGACCCUCAAUUUCAGAUGGAGCUUGAAGUGGCAUUAAGAGACUAUGUAGGCCGUGAAACACCUUUACAUUUUGCACAAAGACUCACGGAUUAUUACAAGAGCAUUAAUAAGGGGAUAGGGCCAGAUAUAUAUCUUAAAAGGGAAGAUCUCAACCAUGGUGGUGCACACAAGAUCAACAACGCUAUUGCACAAGCGAUGUUGGCCAAACGUAUCGGCUUCAAAAACGUGGUGGUGUCCACCGGUGCUGGGCAGCACGGUGUCGCCACGGCGGCUGCGUGUGCUAAACUCUCAUUGGAGUGCACAAUUUUUAUGGGAAGCUUAGAUAUGGGAGAUAUGGAGAGACAACCUUCAAACGUACUGUUGAUGAAGAAUCUUGGUGCAAAGGUGAAAUCAGUUAAAGGAAGCUUCAAAGAUGCUAUGUCGGAAGGUAUUAGAUAUUGGGUUAACAAUUUGGAUAAAACCUACUUCUUAGUAGGUGCAACCAUAGGAUCUCACCCAUGUCCAACAAUGAUUCGUGAAUUUCAAACCAUUAUUGGAAAAGAGACUAGGAAACAAGCCAUGGAGAAGUGGGGUGGCAAACCACAUGUGUUGGUGGCUUGUGUUGGGAGUGGCUCUAAUGCAUUGGGAUUGUUUCAUGAAUUUAUACAAGAUGACCAUGUUAGGCUAAUAGGAGUUGAGGCCAGCGGGACUGGUCUUGAUUCAGAUCAACACUCGGCAGCUAUGGCUAGGGGUCAAGUAGGGGUGUACCAUGGUGCCAUGAGCUAUCUAUUACAAGACGAGGAGGGCCAAGUUAUCGUACCAUACUCUAUAAGUGUCGGAUUAGAGUAUCCUGGAGUCAGCCCUGAGCUUAGCUUUCUAAAAGACAAGGGACGUAUUGAGUUUUCUACCGUUACAGAUGAAGAAGCGUUAGAAGCAUAUAAACGAUUGUGUAGGCUAGAAGGAAUAAUUCCAAGUUUAGAAGCUUCUCAUGCAAUUGCAUUUCUUGACAAGCUUUGUUAUACUUUAAAGGAUGGUGAGAAGGUGAUUAUAAAUUUAAGUGGCCAUGGAGAAAAAGAUGCUGCAUUUGUCUUCAAUCAUACACCAAACCAUGAAUAAAAUAUAUCAUCAACACCUAUUUAAAUAAACAAUGUAAAUAUUGUAAUGAAUAGAAAGCUAUCCAAGAUAUAUCAUUGCAUA